AUGACUCAUUCAGCCAAGUGCGCCACCCCGCAUCCAAGUCAGCAACCACCUCGAGCUCGUCGUCUCUCUCUCUCUGUGUGUCUCCUUCCUGUUCCUCGUCGACGCGCUCUGCACUUCUCGCACUACGUAGGAUUGCCGACAUCGCCCUCCUUUUAA